AUGCCGAGGGAUGUGAUUUUAGUUGUGUGGUUGUGUGUGUGCACCGCCAGGACAGUCGUGGGCUUCGGGACGGACCCUGACCUGCAGAUGGAUAUUAUCACGGAGCUUGACCUCGUGAACACCACCAUUGGAGUCACUCAGGUGUCUGGAUUGCACAAUGCCAGCAAAGCGUAUUUAUUUCAAGACACAGAGCGAGAGAUCCAUGCAGCCCCUCAUGUGAGUGAGAAAUUAAUCCAGCUGUUCCGGAAUAAGAGCGAAUUCACCUUUGUGGCCACUGUACAGCAAAAGCCAUCGACCUCCGGAGUGAUCCUCUCCAUUCGAGAGCUGGAGCACAGCUAUUUUGAACUAGAGAGCAGUGGCCUGAGGGAUGAGAUCCGCUAUCACUAUAUACAUAACGGGAAGCCCAGAAGUGAGGCACUUCCCUACCGGAUGGCAGAUGGACAGUGGCACAAGGUCGCUUUGUCAAUUAGCGCCUCUCAUCUCCUGCUCCACGUCGACUGCAACAGGAUUUAUGAACGUGUGAUAGACCCUCCUGAAACCAACCUCCCCCCAGGAAGCAAUGUAUGGCUUGGUCAACGCAGCCAAAAGCAUGGCUUAUUCAAAGGAAUCAUCCAAGAUGGGAAGAUCAUCUUUAUGCCAAAUGGAUACAUAACUCAAUGUCCGAACCUGAAUCGCACUUGUCCAACUUGCAGUGAUUUCUUAAGCCUGGUGCAAGGAAUAAUGGAUUUGCAAGAGCUUUUGGCCAAGAUGACUGCAAAAUUAAAUUACGCAGAGACGAGACUUAGUCAAUUGGAAAACUGUCAUUGUGAGAAGACCUGUCAAGUGAGUGGACUUCUCUAUAGAGACCAAGACUCCUGGGUUGAUGGCGAUCACUGCAGGAACUGUACAUGCAAAAGUGGUGCUGUCGAAUGUCGAAGGAUGUCCUGUCCCCCUGUCAGUUGCUCCCCAGACUCCCUCCCUGUGCACAUUGCCGGCCAGUGUUGUAAGGUCUGCCGACCAAAAUGUAUCUAUGGAGGAAAAGUCCUUGCAGAAGGCCAGCGGAUUUUAACUAAGAGCUGCCGUGAAUGCCGAAGUGGAGUUUUAGUAAAAAUUACAGAAGCAUGUCCUCCUUUGAACUGCUCUGAAAAGGACCACAUUCUCCCAGAGAAUCAGUGCUGCAGUGUCUGUCGAGGUCAUAACUUUUGUGCAGAAGGACCUAAAUGUGGUGAAAACUCAGAGUGUAAAAACUGGAAUACAAAAGCUACCUGUGAGUGCAAGAAUGGCUACAUUUCUGUCCAGGGAGACUCUGCCUACUGCGAAGUAUCCAAGCCCCCCCAUUUCUCAGGUGCUCACUGGCUCGCUGUCAUCAGUUUGAGAAGUCCUAAUGGGCAAAGUGAUGGUGAAGCGGUUUCUGUGUCCUGGUUGGACCCAAUCGUUCCUGUCAUAGUCACUAACAAUGUAUUGAACCUUGUACUCAGUUGGUAA